AUGGGAACAGUGAUCUCAGGAUCGAGUGCACUCCACCUCAUCCAAGCGAAGAUGGAGGCGCUCCCACUGAGAGACCUGGAUUUAUACACCACACAUGAGUUUGACGAAGAGGUCAUAAAGCAUAUGAAAGAGGAAGGUUAUGCAGUGAAGCACGAAUCUGAGAGGAAGACGGAAUAUGAUGGGUUGGCAAUGAAGAAGAUAUACAAAUUGACGAAGAACAGAUGUGAGGUGGACAUUAUCAUCACUGACUGGGCCUGUGCAAUCGUGCCCAUCAUGCAAUAUCACUCCACAGCAGUCAUGAACUACAUGAUGGCGCAUAGCCUCAUGAGUCUGUACCCGGAGUGGACAAAAAAUUGGCAGAGUUUCGUCAAUCCACAGAUGUAUCUCAACAAACAACGGGACACACAUACACACUGUGAUGGCAUUGAUGAACUGCAAGACGAGCGGGUACUGUCCAAAUGCCAUGAGGAAUGCAAUUGA